UUGAUGUCAAAAAUAUUAUAAAAUAUAAAUAAAACACAAUGGUAUUUAAUUUUCCUGCAUGUUCAUAUAUAAUUGCGUUAAUUGCAGACGCAUUUUUAAUAUUUUUUGCAAUAUUCCACGUAAUUGCCAUUGAUGAAUUAAAAACGGAUUAUAAAAAUCCUAUAGAUCAAUGUAACAGUAUGAAUCCUCUGGUAUUACCGGAGUAUUUAUUACAUUUUAUAUUUAAUAUAUUAUUCUUAAUAGCCGGGGAAUGGGUAUCGUUGUGCUUAAAUAUUCCCUUAUUAGCAUAUCAUAUAAAUCGUUAUAGAACGAGACCAGUAAUGACUGGACCAGGAUUAUAUGAUCCUACUAGUAUUAUGAAUGCAGAUAUUCUAACUCGUUGCCAAAGAGAAGGAUGGGUCAAAUUAGCAUUUUAUCUUCUAUCAUUUUUCUAUUAUUUAUAUGGGAUGAUUUCAUCAUUGAUAUCAACGUAAAACAAGUCAUAUUUAAUAUGAGUAUAAAAUAAUAGUCACACUAUAUUGUUUGUUUUCUUUUUUAUUUCAUAUUGUAAAUAAACAUAAUUUUUAAUUAAAAUAUAUUAUUAUUGAAAUGCUACAAAAUGAUUGCAUUGUAAUUAUCGAUGUAUUAUUAUUUAUUUUAAUUUUAGACAUUACAUACCUAUUAACGUUUGUUUGUCUAAAAUAAAAACUCAUGUAAUUUUUAUGAUUAUCAUUAUUUUUGAUAACAAA